AUGGACUCCCCCGACUCCCCCGACUCCCCCGACUCCCCCGACUCCCCCGACUCCCCCGACCCCUUCGCCCCCGGCUUCGGCACCUUCCAGGGCAUCCCCCACCGCACGCUGCCGGACGACUGCAUGGAGUACGCCCUCUUCGUGCCCGCCAUCGCCGACGCUGCUGCCGCGAAGAAGCGGCUCGAAGCUGUGAAGGUGCUCGCAGAAGAGCUCGCGGCUAAAUGGUCAGAGGGCUACAUCUGGCAGCGCGAGGCGUUCGGGCUCGAGCUGAAGGAGAGGGCCGGGACGUGGUGCCUGCAGGGGCGCACGGAGUAUGGGGAUGCCGUGGGCGACGAGUGGUUUGUGGUGUGGAUGCUGCGGGAGAUGAGUGGGCGGUUUGCGGAUCUGUGGAUACGAGUCUACGACACCGACGGCGAAUUCCUGCUCAUCGAGGCGGCCAACGCCCUCCCCAAAUGGCUCAACCCCGAGAUCGCCGACCACCGCGUCUGGAUCAACUCCACGCACCUCCACAUAAUCCCCCUCACCGCCGUACCUCCCCCUCCCCCCACCACCCCCACCACCACCCCGCGCACAGCGCCCAUCUCCCGCCCCCUCCCCCUCGCCGACGCCCUCUCCACCCUCCACCACUACACCACCACCACCCCGCCCCCCCCAACACUAACGCGCAUCCGCCUCGUCGAAGAGGAAUCCUUCUACCGCACCACGCGCUACCCCGCCGCCGCCGCGCGCAACGCCCACCACGCGCUCACAACCCUCCCCCGCCCCCUCGCGGCCCUCCUGCACGCGCACCCGGCCGCCGUCGCCGCCGCCGUCGAGGCCUUCUACCUCCGCGACCCCAUCAGCCUCAAGGCCCUCUCCACCAUGCACCACUUCCGCCCGGGCGCCGACGACGUCACCGUCUCCACGCAGUUCACGAAAACGCUCUACGCGCAGCUCAAAGGGCAGGAGUUCCAGCCGCCGCCCAGCGCCGGCUUCGCAGCGCGCCCCGGCGACAGCGCAGCGGAUGUGGGGAUGAAGCUGGCCUGCGGCUUCGAGAUGCUCCUGCACGACGCGUCCGCGCCACAGCUCUCCUCGCCGUCGCGGCAGCGCACCGUGGCCACCGUCCGUUCGCAUCUAGCUGCGGGGGCGGCGCUACCAACCGACGCCGAGAUCGCCGCAUGGCCGAAGCCAGUGGACGACGAGGCGUGGCUGGACGUCGAUUACGCGCAGUUCGAGCAGACGCUGCAGGGGCGGCCGGGGCACAAGGGGACGCAGAACGAAUCCGGGUGGGGGGACAAGGGGGCGGAGGAGAACCUGCGGCGGAUGGUGGAGCGGUUCGAAGCGUUCUUGAAUGAUGAUGAGGCCGGGGUUGAGGGCGCGGAGGUGGGGGAUGAUAUGGAUGUUGAUGAUGAGCUGAAUUCGGGGGAUGAUGAUGAUGAUGAGGAUGAGGAGGAGGAGGGGGAGGAGGAUAGAGAGGUGUCGUUUGAUGAGCGGGAGUUUGAGAGGAUGAUGAGGGAGAUGAUGGGCAUGCCGGUGUCGACGCUGGAGGGCGAGGAGGAGGGGGCGGAUGAGGAGGCGGAGAUUAGGAAGGUCAUGAGGCAGGUUGAGGCGGAGCUGCGGGAGGCGGGGGCGCUGGAGACGGCGCUGCCAAAGCGGCGGAUUAAAGAGGUUGGCGACAGUGGUGACGAGGAUGAGGAAGAGGGAGAGGUGGAUAUCGAUUAUACCCUGGCCGCCAACAUGCUGGAGAGCUUCAAGGGCCAAGGCGGGCUGGCGGGCCCCGGCGGAAAUCUGCUGGCGCGGAUGGGCAUGAGCUUACCGCGGGACGAGGGGGGCGACCAGGAGAAAGGAAAGGGGGGAAAUAGGGAGAUUGGCGGCGAGAGAAUGAAGUAG